CGUCACCACUUCACAGGGUUUUACCGGCCUCGCUUUCAUUCAUAAGAAGAGACGGUCCAUCCCAGUGGUCCAGUCCGUGGCUGGAAUCAACCCUCAGACUACAUGGCGGGUUACCUGAAGGCUCUGACGGCCGUGUCGAGGAGUGCAGCCGCUGCGCUGUCGCAAAACCCCGCUGUGGUCUCACCGGUCACUGUCUGCCAUCACGGACAGCAGCAGAGGAACUAUGCAACGAAACGGAUCAAGGUGGACCAGCCAGUGGUGGAGAUGGAUGGAGAUGAGAUGACGCGCAUCAUAUGGGAAUUCAUCAAGGAGAAGCUCAUCCUAUCCAACGUGGAUGUUGAGCUGAAGUAUUAUGACCUCGGUCUACCCUACCGAGACCAGACGAAUGACCAGGUCACCAUCGACUCUGCUCUGGCUACUAAGAAAUACAAUGUGGCUGUCAAAUGUGCCACAAUCACCCCUGAUGAGGCCAGAGUUGAGGAGUUUAAACUUAAGAAAAUGUGGAAGAGUCCCAAUGGAACCAUCAGGAACGUCUUAGGUGGCACAGUUUUCCGUGAGCCAAUCCUUUGUAAAAACAUUCCCCGUCUCGUUCCCGGUUGGACGCAGGCCAUAACGAUUGGCAGACAUGCUUUUGGCGAUCAGUACAGGGCCACAGACUUUGUUGUUAACCAGCCUGGCAAGUUUAAGAUUGUGUUUUCCCCAACUGAUGGAAGCAAGUCGCAGGAGUGGGAGGUGUAUAACUUUACCGCAGGGGGCUGUGGGAUGGGAAUGUACAACACUGAUGAGUCCAUCGAUGGAUUUGCUCACAGCUGCUUCCAGUAUGCCAUCCAGAAGAAGUGGCCGCUGUACAUGAGCACCAAGAAUACCAUCCUCAAGGCCUACGAUGGCCGCUUCAAAGACAUCUUUGAGGACAUAUAUGAAAAGAAUUACAAGGCAGAGUUUACCAAGCUGAAGAUCUGGUAUGAGCACCGGCUCAUUGACGACAUGGUGGCCCAGGUUUUGAAGUCCUCUGGAGGAUUUGUUUGGGCCUGCAAGAAUUACGAUGGGGAUGUGCAGUCAGACAUCCUGGCUCAGGGUUUUGGCUCUCUGGGUCUCAUGACAUCAGUACUAGUGUGUCCUGAUGGUAAGACUAUUGAAGCUGAGGCCGCUCAUGGCACCGUCACCAGGCACUACCGCGAACACCAGAGAGGGAGACCAACCAGUACCAAUCCAAUCGCCAGUAUCUUUGCUUGGACCAGGGGACUGGAACACAGAGGCAAGCUGGAUGGGAAUCCUGAUUUGAUAAAGUUCUGUCAGACUUUAGAAAAAGUCUGUGUGGAAACAGUGGAAAAUGGUGUGAUGACCAAGGACCUUGCGGGCUGCAUUCAUGGCUUGGCCAACUGCAAGCUGAAUGAACAUUAUGUCAACACGUCAGACUUCCUGGAUGUCAUCAGGGCCAACCUGGACAAAGCUCUGGGCAAAUGAACAAUCAGAAGACACACCUGCCAAUGUAAAGACAGACUUUGUUGGUUUUAACUUGUUUUUAGCCUUUGUUUGUAUGAACCUUUGUAUCUAUUUUUGAAAGAAACAAGUUGGCUGUUUUUCAUGCCAUUUUUCUGACUCACUCACACAUUCCUGUACUCCUGUUCCUCUGCCUUUCCUGUUGCCAUUUUUGUGUUGCACAAAUUGAAUUAAUGCACUGUAUGAAUUAAUUUUAAUGCUGAUGUUAACUUACAGUAUUAUGGUAAUUUAGAUAAAUUUCAGACUUGCAUAUUAAAUUGAAAAGUAUCUUCAGGGAACAGUAUGUACAAAUUAGGACAAUAAUGUCAUGUUUUGUACCACAGCAUGAAUAUAAAAAGAAUUUGCCAAUCA